AUGUUACAACGGUUUUAUCUCUGGAAAUGUUUGGCUUCAGGGAUUAUCCUGGGCUCUGUCUUUGCAUUCUGCUUGGGCCAGUAUGACGAUGACUGGCAAUAUGAGGAUUGCAAACUAGCUAGGGGAGGACCACCAGCUACUAUAGUUGCUAUUGAUGAAGAGAGUCGGAAUGGUACGAUUAUAGUGGACAACAUGCUGAUCAAAGGAACUGCUGGAGGACCAAAUCCCACCAUAGAACUGUCUUUAAAGGACAACGUGGAUUACUGGGUGUUGUUGGAUCCUGUUAAGCAAAUGCUUUUCCUGAACAGCACAGGCAGAGUCCUGGAUAGAGAUCCACCAAUGAACAUACACUCUAUCGUGGUACAAGUCCAGUGCAUCAACAAAAAAGUCGGCACUGUUAUCUACCAUGAAGUGCGAAUUGUGGUGAGAGACAGGAAUGACAACUCACCCACGUUCAAGCAUGAGAGCUACUAUGCCACUGUGAAUGAGCUCACUCCAGUUGGCACCACGAUAUUUACAGGAUUUUCAGGAGACAAUGGAGCUACUGACAUAGAUGAUGGCCCCAAUGGACAGAUAGAAUAUGUUAUCCAACAUAACCCAGAUGAUCUGACGUCCAACGACACCUUUGAAAUUCCCCUCAUGCUGACGGGAAAUGUAGUGUUAAGGAAGAGACUCAACUAUGAAGAUAAGACUCGUUACUUUGUCAUUAUCCAAGCUAAUGACCGUGCACAAAAUCUGAAUGAACGACGAACCACCACCACCACCCUCACAGUGGAUGUUCUGGAUGGAGAUGAUUUGGGGCCAAUGUUUCUGCCUUGUGUUCUCGUGCCAAGCACUCGUGAUUGUCGCCCAAUCACCUACCAAGCCACCAUCCCUGAGUUGAGAACUCCGGAAGAACUGAACCCCAUCAUUGUUACCCCACACAUUGAAGCCAUUGAUCAGGACCAGAAUAUUCAGCCACCAUCAGAUCGGCCAGGCAUCCUCUAUUCCAUCCUUGUUGGGACCCCUGAGGAUUACCCACGAUUUUUCCAUAUGCACCCUAGGACUGCAGAACUUAGUCUCCUGGAGCCAGUAAACAGAGACUUUCACCAGAAAUUUGAUUUAGUUAUUAAGGCAGAACAAGACAAUGGUCAUCCUCUUCCUGCCUUUGCCAGCCUACACAUUGAAAUACUGGAUGAAAACAAUCAGAGCCCAUAUUUCACAAUGCCCGCUUAUCAAGGCUAUAUCCUGGAAUCUGCCCCAGUGGGAUCAACCAUUUCUGACAGUCUAAAUUUGACCACCCCUCUAAGAAUUAUAGUUCUGGACAAAGACGUAGAAGAUGUUCCACCUGGCGUUGUUCCUACGAAAGAUCCAGAGGUUCACCUUUUUCUGAAUGAUUACACCUCAGUGUUCACCGUCACACAGACCGGUAUCACUCGCUACCUCACCUUACUUCAACCCGUGGACAGGGAGGAGCAGCAGACUUACACCUUUUCGAUAACAGCAUUUGAUGGUGUACAAGAAAGUGAACCAGUUAUUGUCAAUAUUCAAGUGAUGGAUGCAAAUGAUAACACCCCAACCUUCCCUGAAAUAUCCUAUGAGGUCUAUGUUUACACAGACAUGAGCCCUGGGGACAGUGUCAUACAGCUCACUGCAGUCGACGCAGAUGAAGGGUCAAAUGGGGAGAUCACAUAUGAAAUCCUGGUUGGGGAUCAGGGAGACUUCAUCAUCAAUAAAACAACAGGGCUUAUCACCAUCGCUCCAGGGGUGGAACUGAUAGUCGGGCGGACCUACGCGCUCACUGUCCAAGCAGCAGAUAAUCCUCCUCCUGCGGAGAGAAGACACUCCAUCUGCACUGUGUACAUCGAAGUGCUUCCUCCAAAUAAUCAAAGCCCUCCCCGCUUCCCACAGCUGAUGUAUAGCCUUGAAAUCAGUGAAGCCAUGAGGAUUGGUGCUGUUUUAUUAAAUCUACAGGCAACUGAUCGAGAGGGAGAUCCAAUAACAUAUGCCAUUGAGAAUGGAGAUCCUCAGCGAGUUUUUAAUCUUUCAGAAAAUACUGGAAUUCUAACCUUAGGAAAAGCACUGGACAGGGAAAGCACCGAUCGCUACAUUCUGAUCGUGACGGCUUCAGAUGGCAGGCCAGAUGGGACCUCCACAGCCACAGUAAAUGUGGUGGUGACAGACGUCAAUGACAAUGCUCCUGUGUUUGAUCCUUAUCUGCCUAGAAAUUUGUCUGUGGUGGAGGAGGAAGCCAAUGCCUUUGUAGGUCAAGUAAGGGCAACAGACCCAGAUGCUGGAAUAAAUGGCCAAGUGCACUAUAGUUUGGGUAACUUCAAUAAUCUUUUUCGCAUCACAUCUAAUGGAAGCAUUUACACAGCAGUGAAACUUAACAGAGAAGUCAGGGACUACUAUGAACUUGUUGUUGUGGCAACCGAUGGAGCGGUGCACCCUCGUCAUUCAACCCUUACACUGGCUAUCAAGGUUUUGGAUAUUGACGAUAACAGUCCCGUGUUCACCAAUUCAACUUACACUGUCGUUGUUGAAGAGAAUCUGCCAGCUGGGACCACCUUCCUUAAAAUAGAGGCCAAAGAUGUUGACCUUGGAGCAAAUGUGUCUUAUCGAAUAAGAAGUCCAGAAGUGAAGCACUUUUUCGCACUACAUCCAUUUACAGGAGAACUAUCCCUUUUAAGGAGUUUGGACUAUGAGGCAUUUCCAGAACAAGAAGCAACUAUCACUUUUCUGGUGGAGGCCUUUGAUAUUUAUGGAACAAUGCCACCUGGUAUUGCAACUGUCACAGUGAUAGUGAAGGAUAUGAACGAUUAUCCCCCUGUGUUUAAUAAACGAAUCUACAAAGGAAUGGUGGCACCAGAUGCAGUCAAGGGUACACCUAUCACAACCGUUUAUGCUGAAGAUGCAGACCCUCCGGGAUUACCUGCAAGCCGUGUGAGGUACAGAGUAGAUGAUGUCCAGUUUCCUUACCCUGCCAGUAUUUUUGACGUAGUAGAAGAUUCUGGACUGGUAAUAACUCGAGUCAAUCUUAAUGAAGAACCUACUACAAUUUUUAAGUUGGUGGUUGUUGCGUUUGAUGAUGGUGAACCAGUGAUGUCCAGCAGUGCCACGGUGAAAAUUCUUGUCUUACAUCCUGGAGAAAUCCCACGCUUCACACAAGAAGAAUAUAGACCUCCUCCAGUAAGUGAACUUGCAACCAGAGGGACCAUGGUUGGUGUAAUUUCUGCAGCUGCCAUCAAUCAGAGUAUUGUGUACUCCAUUGUUGCAGGAAAUGAAGAGGGUGCAUUUGGAAUCAAUAACAUCACAGGUGUUAUUUAUGUAAACGCUCCCCUGGACUAUGAGACAAAGACAAGUUAUAUGCUUCGGGUCCAAGCUGAUUCCCUGGAAGUGGUCCUAGCCAAUCUUCGAGUUCCUUCAAAAAGCAAUACAGCCAAAGUGUACAUCGAGAUUCAGGAUGAAAAUGAUCACCCCCCAGUGUUUUCAAAAAAAUUCUACAUUGGAGGUGUAUCUGAAGAUGCAAGAAUGUUUGCCUCUGUGCUCAGAGUUAAGGCUACUGAUACAGAUACUGGCAAUUACAGUGCCGUGGCCUACAGACUCAUAAUACCACCAAUUAAAGAAGGAAAAGAAGGAUUUGUGGUGGAAACAUAUACAGGGCUAAUCAAAACUGCUAUGCUCUUCCAUAAUAUGAGGAGAUCCUACUUCAAAUUUCAAGUCAUUGCAACUGACGACUAUGGGAAGGGACUAAGCAGCAAAGCAGAUGUUCUUGUCUCCGUGGUCAACCAGCUAGAUAUGCAAGUCAUUGUUUCUAAUGUGCCCCCUACUCUGGUGGAGAAAAAGAUAGAAGAUCUCACAGAGAUUUUGGAUCACUACGUUCAGGAGCAAAUUCCUGGUGCCAAGGUUGUGGUGGAGUCCAUUGGUGCUCGCCGGCAUGGAGAUGCCUUUUCUCUAGAAGACUACACCAAAUGUGAUUUGACUGUCUAUGCCAUCGACCCCCAAACUAACAGAGCCAUCGAUAGAAAUGAGCUUUUUAAAUUUUUGGAUGGCAAACUGCUCGAUAUCAAUAAAGACUUUCAGCCGUAUUAUGGGGAAGGAGGACGCAUUCUGGAGAUCCGGACUCCGGAGGCAGUGACCAGCAUUAAAAAACGAGGAGAAAGUCUAGGCUACACAGAAGGUGCCUUGCUAGCUCUGGCCUUCAUCAUCAUCCUCUGCUGUAUUCCUGCCAUCUUGGUGGUUUUGGUCAGCUACAGACAGUUUAAAGUACGCCAAGCUGAGUGCACCAAGACAGCGCGAAUCCAGUCCGCUUUACCUGCGGCCAAACCAGCAGCGCCUGCCCCGGCUCCAGUGGCUGCGCCCCCGCCGCCGCCGCCACCUCCCGGGGCGCAUCUCUAUGAAGAACUUGGGGACAGCACAAUGCAUAAGUACGAAAUGCCUCAAUAUGGAAGUCGCCGUCGUUUGUUACCACCAACUGGACAAGAGGAAUAUGGUGAGGUGGUUGGUGAAGCUGAAGAGGAAUAUGAAGAAGAGGAGGAAAAGCCAAAGAAAAUUAAAAAACCAAAAGUUGAAAUUAUAGAACCUAGUGAGGAGGAAGAAGUAGUUGUAACUAUUGAAAAACCACCAGCAGCUGAGCCUACAUACACAACAUGGAAGAGAGCCAGGAUAUUCCCAAUGAUAUUUAAGAAAGUUAGAGGACUAGCUGACAAAAGAGGCAUCAGCGACCUUGAGGGUGAAGAGUGGCAGAGACGCCCUGAGGAAGAAGAUAAAGAUUAUUUGAAACUAACUCUGGACCAAGACGAAGCUACAGAAAGCACUGUAGAAUCAGAGGAGGAAUCUUCAGACUACACUGAAUACAGCGAGACAGAAUCGGAGUUCAGUGAAUCUGAGACAACAGAAGAGGAAUCUGAGUCAGAGAUGCCCUCUGAGGCAGAGGAGAGUUCUACUCCUGAAUCAGAAGAAUCUGAAUCCACAGAGUCAGAAGGAGAAAAGGCGAGGAAAGACAUUGUGCUCGCAAGAAGAAGACCCGUUGUUGAGGAGGUUCAAGAAGCCAGAGGUCGAAAAAAAGAGCCACUUAAAGAACAAAAGGAAGAACCUAAGGUAGAAGAACAAGACGAACACCCAGGAGGAGAGGAAAGUGAACUGGCUCCAGUGGAAGAAUCAACAGACCUUGAAGCUCAACAUGUCACUGAGGAAGGCAGUGUAGAAUCAGCUUCUGUGGAAGGAGGUGUGGAAAGUGAAGGGGAUUCAGAAUCGGGCAGUAGUAGUAGUAGUGAGAGUCAGUCUGGAGGUCCAUGGGGCUUUCAGGUGCCAGAAUAUGACUCAAGGAAGUACAUAAACCAAAAGAAGACUCCAGGAAUGAACUCAGAAGGUUACAACACAGCACUUUAAACAAGAUCACAGUAGGUGGGAGUUUUGCAGUGAUGAGUGCUCUUGUUUGCAGUGAUCUUCUUUGUGUUCUUUGAAAUGACAUUUGAAGGGGAGGAAAUUGAUCAUAAUUUUGAUCUGACUUAAGAUCAGAAGCAUGCCAGAAAAGUGAAUAUAUAUGCUACCCAAAUAGAUUUGCAUAUUAGAAUAUUAGGGUAAACCUGACUAAUCCUUGCUUUAUUAGUAAGUCAGAAUGCAUGCAAUUAGUUAAGCAAUAUUUAAUAUUUUCCAGUGGGAUUUCUGUUGAAAAGCGAAGUGCCAUUAUGGAUUUCAAUGAUGCCUUGCCUAUUGGAAUAGAUAAAUUCUGAAUUUGAUGAAUUAUGAAUAUAUAUGAUGUUUUUAUAUCAUCUUUACAAAAUACUUAGGACAAACUGCAACAAAUGAGAUAUCUAAAAGUCUCCUUUCGCAUAUAUGUACAUUUCCACUGGCAAAUGUAUUACCGAAAAAAUCAUGAACUUGUUCAACUAGAUUUGUGUCUGAUGCUUUCAAAUAUUAGGAGUUAAAUGAAACAUAUUUGUAAAUAUAUUUUCUGUUCUGGAUAUGACUUAAAGUGGAUUUAGACAAAAAUUAAUUUGCAAUAGUUAUAUUCUUCCUGGGGUAAGUGAACACAAUCAU